CAAGGAAGUCGAGUAACUCAAAACGCGCGAAUACAUGAAGGGACACCAACAUGGCUGCCGGUUCCUCGCCGUCAAGUAGCGUUAAUAAACGCAAAUAUUUCAUAGGAGAGACUACAGAAGUAACUGACAGUGGCUCCCCGGAGAUGGAAAGCACCGCAGCAAAGAAGACUAAUGUGACCAGGUCAAAGGAUUGUGGUUCGCCAUGGUGGACCAAGAAGGAUCUGCCUGCUGGGGAAGCUCUGUGGGCCUUGACUCUCCAGGCUUCUCUGCCGUACCUGAACGAGCAGCAUUGGGAAGAUGUUCCUGAUCUUCCACAUCCAUCUGCAACAGAAACGUCACACGAGCUGGAUCAACAUCAGUGGUGUGAAUUGAAUAGAGAGGUUCCUCCCUUCCCUGAACCACAUCCAGUCUCCCAAGAGACCUCCUCCAAACAGAACAAAGCUAGACCAGAAAUUGCUGACAUAUCGCUGUCCUCUCUCAUCCGUCAAGACCACGACGGCUACAGGGUGACGAUAAAAUCUGGCUCCCAAAAAGAUCAGACGUUUCCUCAUGCCAUCGCUGGUCCGUCGCAUGCCAUCGCUGGUCCGUCACGUGUUGAAGGAGAAGGAUUAAAGCAAGAUGAAAAGAGACCAACACCACAAGUCAGCUGCAAUCAGUCACUGCACCAGAAGGAAAGGAUCAAUGAGGAGCCAAUGGAGACCGAAGACGACCAAGGAGAGAAGUGCAGCGACACAAAAAGAGCUGAAGAAGAGUUGAACAGCUGCCCGAUGUGCCUGCACGUCUUCUCUGAUGGGGCAUCCCAGAUGGACCGCGACGGCCACCUGGCUCAGUGCCUGUCAGAGAUGAACGUGGACAUGAGCUGGUGAGCUCCAAGCAAGCCGGACAAACCCGCCGCACGCGACUGGGACGAAGAGACGUCUUUUCGUGUUGAUGUGAAGAGCCGGCGGCAUCCAGUCCAAACUUUCACGUCUUUUCCAUAAUGAAGAUGCACUAUGGGCAAAUGCAGCCCCCCCCCCCUCCCCCAUGACCUUUCUGAACGUAUUUGCAGAGAAAGUACUUAAAUAUGCAAUUCCACUGAGGUUUGCUGGUAUACGUCGCCACAGCAUAUCUCAUAAUGCUAUACUGACAUAACUAAUGAAAUCACAUUUCACACGUCACAGUAUAAACACACUGGAAGUGGAUUUUGUGUGUUGUAUUGUGAAGCUGUUUCACCCCCUUCCACCCCGCCCAAAAAAUUGCAUUUUGAACAUGAUGCUUCUUUCAUUUUGUUUUGACCAAGAGCAAAGGGUCACACAAUAUCAUGAAUGUUUCAAUAAAUCAAGUAUGUGCUGAUGU